CCUCACCAUUGGCUAGAGGGCGGGUCCUUUCUGCCCAGGGGGCGGGGCUAUGGAGACAGGCGGGGCCUAUCGCGCCUGCGCAGAGUCCUCCAGCCGCAGCUCGCACCAGCGGUGUCUGGGCUCCGGGUCCAGACUGAGAUCGCUGAGCUGCGCAGGGCCCCGCCCCGGGCUCCAUUGUUGAGGCAGCGGACGCUCCGCGGUCUGCGCUCCUUUCGGCCGUCCUGCGCUCACGAGCCACUGAAUCCUGAGCAAUGGAAGAAUUAAUAGUUGAACUCCGCCUGUUCCUGGAGCUCCUGGACCAUGAGUACCUCACGUCAACUGUCAGAGAGAAAAAGGCAGUGCUUACCAACAUCCUGCUUCGAAUGCAGUCAUCCAAGGGCUUUGAAGUGAAGGACCAUGCACAGAAGGCAGAGACCAACAACCUCCCGGCACCACCCCAGAUGCCUCUGCCAGAGAUCCCUCAGCCAUGGCUGCCUCCUGACAGUGGGCCUCCGCCGUUACCGACAUCCUCUCUCCCAGAGGGUUACUAUGAGGAAGCUGUGCCCCUGAGUCCUGGAAAAGCUCCAGAGUACAUCACCUCAAAUUAUGACUCUGAGGCCAUGAGCAGUUCCUAUGAGUCAUAUGAUGAAGAGGAAGAGGAUGGGAAGGGGAAGAAAACGCGGCAUCAGUGGCCAUCAGAGGAGGCCUCUAUGGACCUGGUGAAAGAUGCCAAGAUCUGCGCCUUCCUGUUGCGUAAGAAACGCUUCGGCCAGUGGACCAAGCUGCUCUGCGUCAUCAAAGACACCAAGCUGCUGUGCUACAAAAGUUCCAAGGACCAGCAGCCUCAGAUGGAGCUGCCCCUGCAGGGCUGCAGCAUCACGUACAUCCCGAGAGACAGCAAGAAGAAGAAACACGAGCUGAAAAUCACCCAGCAAGGCACAGACCCUCUGGUCCUCGCCGUCCAGAGCAAGGAGCAGGCCGAGCAGUGGCUGAAGGUAAUCAAAGAGGCCUACAGUGGCUGCAGUGGGCCCGUGGAUCCAGAGUGUUCUCCACCACCCAGCGCCAGUGUCCCUGUGAACAAGGCAGAACUGGAGAAGAAAUUGUCUUCAGAGAGGCCCAGCUCUGAUGGAGAAGGUGUUGUAGAAAACGGAGUCACCACGUGUAAUGGAAAAGAACAAGCAAAGAGGAAGAAACCCUCCAAGUCAGAGGCCAAGGGGACUGUGUCCAAGGUCACUGGGAAGAAAAUUACCAAGAUCAUCGGUCUGGGAAAGAAGAAGCCAUCCACAGAUGAGCAGACGUCAUCAGCAGAGGAAGAUGUGCCCACCUGUGGCUACCUAAAUGUGCUCUCUAACAGUCGCUGGCGGGAGCGCUGGUGCAGAGUGAAGGACAGCAAGCUCAUUCUCCACAAGGACCGGGCUGACCUGAAGACCCACAUCGUCUCCAUCCCUCUCCGCGGCUGCGAGGUGAUUCCGGGCUUGGAUUCUAAGCACCCAUUGACCUUCCGGCUGCUUCGAAAUGGACAGGAGGUGGCUGUCCUAGAGGCAUCAUCUUCUGAAGACAUGGGCAGAUGGAUUGGCAUCUUACUGGCUGAGACAGGGUCCUCAACGGACCCAGGAGCCCUACACUAUGACUACAUAGAUGUGGAGAUGUCAGCAAAUGUCAUCCAGACGGCUAAACAGACCUUCUGCUUUAUGAACAGGAGGGCAGUGUCCACUAGCCCGUACCUGGGGAGCCUCUCCAAUGGCUAUGCCCAUCCCAGUGGGACAGCACUACACUAUGACGACGUCCCUUGUGUCAACGGCUCGUGGGACAUGGAUGGCGGCUUUCCUGGCUGUGGGAGCAGAGGCCCAGUGGAAGAGGUGCUUUAUGAUAACGCAGGCCUCUACGAUAACUUGCCAUCGCCGACAAUCUUUGCUCGCUCCUCUCCUGCUGACCGGAGGGCAUCUCGGCCACCCACUGACAGGCUAUCCUCUAACCACUACAAAUCCCCCACCUCCUGCAGCCCACCCUGCUCCCCAUCUGUCACUAACACCUCUUCUGUGGGGAGGGCGUCUCUCGGGCUGCACUCCCAGUUGAAGAACAAAAAACCUCCAGCGUCAUCUAAUGGGCUUCCUGUGAAGGGAAAGGCUCCCAGCAGCCAGCAAAAAAAGGUGGAAUCUGCGGGGGGCGUGAAGCGCACAGCAUCAAAUGCCGAGCAGUACAAAUAUGGUAAGAACCGGGUAGAAGCAGAUGCCAAGCGGUUACAGUCCAAAGAGGAAGAGCUACUGAAGAGAAAAGAGGCCCUGCGGAACAGGCUGGCACAGCUCCGGAAAGAGAGGAAGGACCUGAGGGCUGCCAUCGAAGUGAAUGCAGGCAGGAAGACCCAGGUGGCCCUGGAGGACAAGUUGAAGAGGUUGGAGGAAGAGUGCAAGCAGAGGGAGGCAGAGCGGGUCAGCCUGGAGCUGGAGCUGACGGAGGUCAAGGAGAGCCUGAAGAAGGCCUUGGCAGGUGGCGUCACUCUAGGACUGGCUAUCGAACCCAAGUCAGGGACAUCAAGCCCACAGUCUCCAGUGUUUCGGCAUCGGACUCUGGAAAACUCCCCCAUCUCCAGCUGUGAUACAAGCGAUGCUGAGGGGCCUUUGCCUGUGAACAGUGCAGCCGUCCUGAAGAAGAGCCAGCCGUCCUCCAGCAGCUCCCCUUGCCGUGGGCACGUGCUGCAGAAGGCCAAGGAGUGGGAGCUGAAGAAUGGAACAUAGAGGGAGCCCAGCCACACCCAGAGACUGUGUACUGCCACCAGCCUUGCAUGUGACACGUGCGCCUCCCAAAGUGGCCCGAGCAUGACUGCAGAAGUUUAGACCGAGUCUGACGCUGACCCUUGGCUGGCUUGCGUGCACGCUUUCUACUGUACGACGGUGCCCUUUAGGAAAGUUUACUUUAAAACUUUGGUGUCCAAAUUUACUUGUUAAGAAGCAGAAAUGAAAGGGAUUGACAAGCGGUUUUGAAGCACCCUCUAGCAGAUGGGGUGGUUCUGAGGACCUCAGCUCAGUCCCAACCUGCAGCCCACGGACCGUGCGCCCCUGUGAGACGGGGUGGGCCAAGCCUUUCCCCUGUGUGGUCAGAGCUGCAUACCUCACCCUGUUUGCAAGAGGGUCCUACUCUGCAGCAGCAGCAUGAGCUCCUGUGUCUCUGCAUACACACCUCUCCCCACCCCCUCCCCCUUCCCCUCCCCCUCCCCUUCCCUUCCUGUCCCCUGUCACUGGAGGUGAAGCCAUGAGGAAUAGUGCUGUGAAGCGACUUUAAGAUUCAGUUUUGGUAUUGGACAAGCCUUUUGUCACCAGGAUAGAGAUGUUGUCAUUCUUUUUACCAGGGUUUUUCAUGUUUGUUUUAAAGAAAAUGCCCCUGCCCUGCCCCUUUUCAUCAUGUGCUGUGCUUGGACCUUAAGGACUUUUCAGAGACCCUGUUUCCUUCCCACUGUAUGAUGUACUUUGAGAGGCUGCACAGAGCUUUCAGUCCUUGGCUAGCAUGUACCCCUUUCUCCUGACCUGAGACCCCAGCUUCCCAGGCAGGGGCUCCUGAGCCCAGGAAGCACACCGGCCACCAUCUGCCUAUGGGUGUAACAGAGCAGGUUCUAGAACCUGUAGUUUAACCUGGCCCAUCUGUGAACAAAGACAUUCCUUCCAGAGCUCCUUCCUCAAGUUUACACUCGAAGCUGUAGAUCAGGGUGCACUCCCAUGCCGAGGUUCGGAUUGCAUGGGCCCUUCCCACUCUCCCGUCUGCCUCUGGGCAUUUCAUAGGAUCGUUCAGCUGCUCGGGAUGCAUCGUCUGCAGGUCAUGGGGGCUAGCCUCUACCCUAGGAGUUUGAGAUUCAAACUGGCUUUGGGAGCUUCCAGAGUACAGUGCGAACCUCUCCACCAUGGGGAGAUGCAGGCAGUGACCUGGACAUUAGGCAUCUCUGCAGACUUGUGCAGGGCCAGUUAUACACAGUGAGAACCUAGUGAUGCCUUUCCAUCGCAGUCCAGAAUGUCCUUAGCACACACGGGAGGAAAGUCUCCCAGGCUCCCUGCAGAGGGGCCUUCUCUGGGCAGCCUUCAUAUCCAGGAUUGGUGCUCUGGGCUUGAGCCCUGCAGCAGCUGCCUUGGAGUCACAAAAGAGCAGCAAGGUGGUUACCGGGGUACAGGGACAGGAAAGCUACUCAGCUGAAGGUCUGUCCCAGGCUAGCCCACUGUAAGACCCUUGCCAAGCUGUGCAAUGGUGCUUCUCUCUAGUGCCUUCCUCCAAAGGGCAGUUCUGAUUCUUCACAGCAGCAUCUGUGUGGGCUGGUGUCUGCCAGGAAUCUGUGUAGAAAGACCAGGAGGAGGCAUACAGCCUCCACACACACCAGCCUACUCACGGAGCUGCAACUGGGGGAGCCCCUUGGGUCAUCGCAGGGAGCUGUGACCAUUCCAUGCUCUGAAAGGGAAGAGAAUUUAAUGUGCCAUAGACUUCUGCUGCCUCGGGUCUCAGAGCAGUGCUUUUGGUCACUCCAAUAACAGCCUUCUUUGCCAGGAAACCUGGUCCAGGCUUUGACUGUUACCAAAACAAGGAGAAAAUGCCCAACUUGACAGCCAGUCCUGGCCAGCAUAGAGGGACAUAGUGAAGUAUCGUGUCCAGCAGAUAAACCUCAGAUGAGUUUGUCCUGAUGAAAACACAGCAGCCUCCAGGCUCCUGGCAUUCUUAGUUUGUGCUGAGAAACCCAGGCCUGUAAUCCUUUCACUGUGCCGGAUGCUACAAAUUCCUUAGAACCAUAUAAAGUAGGUCCUGGAGAAGUUACGGCUCCCAACACAGGGCUCCACUGUCCUGUGGUCCCAUUAAUGUUCUGAGAUUUGGUCAGAAAGCUAGUUCAAAGCAUUUGUUUCAAAAUAAGUUAUUUAUUUGUAUAUGUUCAAUAAAUAGAGUUUUAAUUUAUAUGUACAUAUUGGGACACCCAUGAUCCUGUCAGGAUUCUCAGUGCUCUCAUUCUAUGACUCUCCCAAAGCCACCGGCAUGACCCCAGCCAUCGAUGGCAGGUUUGCUUUGUGUGGAUCCAGGUAGGCAGAGGGCUGAACCAGCCCCUUUCUGUGAGCAACCAGGUCCUCUGCACCAUGGGAGAUGCUCCACCUCUUGGGGCCUCUCUUUGAGGCCACAGAGUUUCCCUGGGUCUACUUUUGCUACAACUUGGCAAGAUGUCAUCAGCUUUCACAAACCCCUACUUUUAUGUCCGUUUUCUAACUAACCAUUUGCAUGCAAAUAUCAUGCUGGCCCGGGGAUUUGCUCUGGUCCCUGGCCUGGGCAUGUGGGUGCAACCCUCAGUGUCACACAAGCUCAUGUACCAGUGUUCUUGCAAGGGUGAGUGUGGGUCAAACAGGUCAUCCCAGGUGCCAGAGUGACCUGUCAGGACGGUAUGGACCCACUUCACACAGAAUCUUCCAGAGUGCUUGCUGCUCCCCUGCCUCAGCGUCAGUGCCCGGUCGCUUCCCCGUGCAUGCCUUGGUCCUGCCUCACCAUCCUGUCCACUUCAUCUGUCCACUGCUCCAAUUUCCCUUUGGCUGUUUCUGUGUCAGCUCGCCCAUGCCAAUGGGACUUUUAGAAAAUCGGCUUUGGAAAGCAAUGUCCCAGGCCCUGAGGACAUCGAGGAAGGCUUCCAAUAUGUGGGGACUGCAGUCCCCCAGGUAGAAUUCACACACAGGCAGCAGCUGGACUGUGUGUCCCUGGCCUCUCCUCCCAAAGGCAAGGGACAAGCCUUCCCUGUCGUUGACCUCUGCCCUGUGCUCUGGGGAAUACUUGAGCCAAGUUAAGACAUUCACACCCACCCUCACCAGCAAGCAGGACACCUUCAAGGUCCAUUCUAUGGGUGGGGCAACAUCAAAAUGAUUGAUCUUUCUGGGUUUUUUUUUCUAAAGUAAUUUUGAAAUAGAGACAUUUCAAAUCCAUGACAUAGUUUUUAUAGAAGCAACUGAAUGUCUGGGUCUUGUUCCCACUGACUUACUACUAAUCACGCCAGAGGGCUGGGUUUCUACUGUGAACUAAACUGAAACUAAACUCCCUCACUCCCCGUGCCAUCCUCACACAGCUCAGCCCCAGGGAGAGCGGAAGCAGCUUGGCCAUGUCACUGGCGUGCAAAGCCCUCCCCUCAGUUUUGAGGAACACCCUUUGCCAGUAGGUGGGGAUAUACCACCAUGAUCUUUGGAAACCUGGGCUUCCUGUACACCAGAUUGGAUUGUCCUUUCAAAAUGGUGUCUUUAGUUCAUAAUUCUUAGGGACCAAAGGUGUUUUUAAUAGGAUAAUGUUUUAAUUGAUUUCUAACAAAGGUUUACUCUACAUUUUAAUACCAGUUUUUUUACAUUCUAGAUAUUCCAAAUCAAUUGCUCGUGGCUCUAAGUUGUAAAAUGUUUUCACGUUAUGAAUGUAAUUAUUUCCUUAAUGUAUUUUUAAAAAAAAACUAAAAUCAUAUUUAAAAUAACCUUGGAAAGACAACAGGCGAAGGAAAGAGAAAGUUUUUUUUUAAUUAACUAUGUUGGUAGCCCAUUUGAAAUGACUGUAAAUAUAUUUUGAUUGUGUAGCUCAAUGUAUUUAAUUCAGAAAGUAAAAAUUUUUUAUGUAAAGAGACUUGCAAUGAAAAAUCCUAGUUUUCAGUCCAUGCCCCUAUCUUGUAGUCACUCCCUCCCAACUUUUCUCCUCUACAAACUGAUUUUUUUUCUACUGUUGUAACCGUGUACCCAUCGACUGGCGCCCAUUGGCGGAACUUGUUUGUGUAUUAAUAAAACUGUGCUAUGUAGUCCGGCCUUGUGUCCUCCUGACAGUGGCUCAUGGUGCAGAAGAAGUUGUU